CUCUAGCCCGGCUUUCUCCCUCCCUCCCUCCCUCCCUCCCCCUCUCUCUCUCUUCCUCGCUCUCCCUCAUCUCAUUGUUUCAGAGUAGGCCAAAUUUGAAGUCCUUUCCAGGGAGUGGCCCUGUUCAUCUUACUCUCCAGCCAAAGUGGGACAGAGUAAGAAGCAGAGAGACACAUUCAACAACCAAAGGACUCGGUGGAAAGAGCAGAGAACCAUAAACAAUAUGCUGCUGCUGGGGCCCAAAGUACUGCUGUUUCUCACUGCACUCAUCAUUCCCUCUGACUGGACACCCCUAGGCGUCAGCAGCCAGAGAGGAGAUGAUGUGACUCCAGUGACUCCAGAGACAUUCACAGAAGAUCCUAAUCUGGUGAAUGAUCCUGCUACAGAUGAAACAGUUCUGGCCGAUAUCAAGCCUCCCACAGAUGACCUGGCCUCGCCUGAUAAAAAUACCACCACAGAGUGCCGGGAUGAGAAAUUUGCCUGCACAAGACUCUACUCUGUGCAUCGGCCAGUGAAGCAAUGCAUCCAUCAAUUAUGCUUUACCAGUUUACGGCGUAUGUAUAUCAUCAACAAUGAGGUCUGCUCCCGUCUUGUCUGUAAAGAGCAUGAAGUUAUGAAAGAUGAACUCUGCCGUCAGAUGGCUGGUCUACCCCCAAGGCGACUCCGUCGCUCCAGCUAUUUCCGCCUUCCUCCCUGUGAUGAUGUGAACUUGCAGAGACCCAGUGGUCUGUGAUGUCAAGGAAGAGGAAAGAAAGAAUGUGUGGGUGGGAGGGAGAGAAUGCUCUAAGAGGGAACUUCUUGUCCAACCUUUGUCAGCCAACCCAUAGACAUGAGUAUUUCUUAAACCAAUCCCAUCGCAAUGUCUAGCUUUUGCCCCUACUUCUUGAUUUUUCAUCCAUGUAUCUCAUUUUUCAGUACUUAAAAUAGUCUACAGUAUUGCAUGGUUUUCCUGCUUCCCCAUAUCAUAGACCUAGUAGAUAUACCAUGUGGCUUAGAUACAUUCUACAUACAAUUUCAAGGGAAAAUAAACUUCAAUAAAAUUAUUUAAAAUAAUAAUUAACUACUGAAUCUGUUUGAGAUAGAUCUUAGGGUGGAAGACGUUAUCACUGUCUACCUUAACUAACCAUAGACCUUUAUUUUUCAUUCAAGGGUUUCCUAGAUUAACCCCCAUUCACCUCCAUAGUCCCCUUUACUUUUAUUAAUUAUUUUGCUGGAUUGUCCUAACAUUUGCCUGGUAGGUCCUUUUUAGGAAAAGAAUUAUGGUAAUUUUUGUAGUCGUAGAAAAUUCUCCAGAGCCAAGAGUUAUACAAGACGGAGGUUAAAGAGAGAGGAGUACACCAGGUAUAAAACUAUUCAAUUUUUCGUGCAGUCGUUCAGUCGGCAAGUAGGGCUAGCAAGUCUCAUUUACCCACCCAUCUAUGGUAGUAUGGGGGGUUAGCCCACCUCCACAAGUUAAUUAGACAACUUAAUGUGAAACCAUAUCAUUGCUCCUAAUUUCCUUGAGUGGUUGGUACUUCUUUCAUCCUCACCACUUACCAAAAUCUGUAGAGAUUAUAUUGUGCAAAUGGAUUCUGGAGUAGCCUAAUUUGGGGCAUAAGAAGGGAAUUCAGACCUGAACUUUAACACACAAGUAUAACGUUUACCUGAUGGUUUACAGGAAAGAGUAAAAGAAACACAAGAUUCAGACAACCUGCAUUCUAAUCCUGCCUCUAGCAGUAACCAGGUAGCCUCAGUUAAGUCAUGUUUUCUCUUUAGGCCCUGGUUUGAUUUCCCCAUCUUUAACCUGACAAAGUUAAAUUUAUGGUAGUUCUAAGGUUUCUUUUAAUUUGAUGGUUUGAGAUUUAAAUGCAUUAUUCGUUUUUCUCAAAGCCUAGAUGUUACAUGUUACAGAAUUCAACUUGGUAUGGGUUGGAUUCCUUUCACAUUGUGGAAAUACUACCUAAAUGAGGACCAGAUUCUUGCUGUUAAGAAGCAAUUUCGUUUAAUAGGAUUAGCACAACUGAUUAAAGAGAAAUGCUAGAAGAGCCCCAAAGCAUGUAAGCCCUACCCCAAUCUCUCAAAGCAAAUGUACUCGUGUACACACAGACAUAGUCAAUGCACACUGUAGCCACUGCAGAGGCAUCUCAUAGGCACAGAGUUUCCAAGAAUCAUUUGAGCCUCUUCAGGAACUUGACCCUCUGAUUGCUUAUUGAACGAGAGGUGGCAUUCCUGCCAGAAAGCACCCCAAUCCCAGUAUUGGGUAUAAUGCAAAUUAAACAUUUAAAAUAAAGGUUCCCAAUUUCCU